AUGGAAGAUCGCGCGGUGGUGCUGUCUGUCAGGGAGGAUCUCCUACACGGGCCCUUCCUCCGGGUUCACACCGGCCCCGAGGCCCUUCCGCCCUUGCCCUGUGUGGAAGCGUCGGCAGGGGAGGGGGAGUCCCUGGCCCGCGCGAACGCCGUCCUGCUCCUACCCCUGUUUGGCCCGAACUUCACGGCGGUCCUGCCCUACCUCGUCCGCUGCGCCGACGAGGAGGACCCACAGCUGAGCUUUGCCGUUGCCAUAGCGCUGAUGGGGAUGCUGCGGCCCCGACCCUGCGCGAAGGCCCGGUUGCCAACGUGGGCCGAAUCCGCGCGGGGGCUGCUGGGGGGCCUGGGCGCCGUCCGCGGCGUCCUCACGAGGCUCAGCGCGAGCCGAGAGGGCCGGAUUCGGCACCUCGUGUCUGACGUGGUCCUCCCACACUUGGGCUUUGGCGUGGGCCUGGAGCGGAAGGUGACGUUGGAAGGGUGGGAACGGCGGUAUAUCCCACCCCAAUCCGGCCAUCCCGACGACAAAGCCGGGGAGGGGGACUUUUACUGGAGUGAAGCGGAGACCACGGCCAUGGCGCCAGGCGAGGGGGCGAAGGGCUCUGACGGAGAAGCGGUGAAAAAGGAUGAAGAGGAAACAGACGAGACGAAUCCACUGCUGCUCGAAGAAAGGCUAAAGUUUAUACACGACGAUGAGUUCAUAAGUCUAUUUCAUAGCGCUCGGGUACACCACGAGGCGAGGUGCCAAGGCGGUGAUGGCGAGCUUAGCCGCUCAAGAACUACGGCUGCGCAUCAACAGCAGAGCGCUUGCACGGCUCCGAGUCGUUCUAGUUUCCUUUUGGAUGUUCCACUAGAGUUGUAUGGCGCUUCUUAUGCCGCAGCACUUCAUGCAGACUCUGAGAAUGACCCUUUUUCUCUAAAUCUUCGGGCUCGCUCGUUAGUUGGUGAGAUAGAAAGUUGGCUUACUGGUUUCACGUCGGCUGAAAAGCAACGAGGAUCUUCUCAAAAAGUAUCUCCUUUCUUGAAUAAACUUCGGGCAAAGAAUAACAGUUACAAUCUCAACACCGAUAACCAAGUCAUUGAUUCUUCUCCUGUGAAGCCACUCCAGCCUUUACAAUAUCAACUGAGUGUGGCUGAUUACCUUGAGUGCGACUCCGUACAGCGCAAGACCCUGGGGCAACAGUGGGAACACUUCCAAAGGCUGAUCCAGUAUCUUUUAAACUCAACCUAUCCUGGAGCUGUGGCAGUCGCAGUGGCGACAAUCAGUCGUCUACUUCACGUAAUUCAAAGCGCCCUUGCCGAAGGACCAAACUGCAACACGUUAUUGAACCCUGGAAGUCUUGUCAGCAUCUCGUUGCCCCAAAAGCUACUUCGCACCGCAGCUGAACUGCGGCAUUUCAUCACCCAAAUGACCCACCGCCACAUAUUCAUGGUACUCACUGCGGCCACCUCAUCAAGGAGGGCACCCCAUACCGCUUCCGAAACGGUUUCUCUAGUCCAAGAAGCAUUAAUUGAGGUGCGGGGUACGUUACGAUCUAUUCUGAAAAAGCAUCACCUGCUGAUUGACACACCGAGCAUUGCAUCUUUGAGUGGAAUCAAUGGAGCGAGUUUUAAGGGGCUGCUGUGCUUCGGCCCGGGCCCACGCGAGCUCCGAAUAGCUUCGUUGUCUGCCUGGGAUGCAGGUCUCGGUUUGAAUAGUCCAGACAGUAUCCCACGCCUGCUCAUCGAACCCCCUGGCGCCGUGGAUGAUGGCAAUGGUGACUGCCAUCACAACUCACAAUUCCGGCAGGGUGGGAGUGAUAUUGGGGGCUUUUCCCCUCGACUUCACCGGAUCCUACACCUUUCCCUGAUACGCGCACUACCCUCCCUUCUCGAUUGGGGUACCGUAUUCGGUACUCCUUUUAACACCACAGCAACCACAGGGCGUAACCGUAGCCAUUCUAGUAUGCUGUCACCUGUUACAAUAAGAAGUUUUAUCACGAUAUUCAUGCAGCUUCUGGUGCCUGCUUCCGAGAUACCAGAGCUAUUGCACAUGUUUGCUGAAAUGACAAACACUACGAAAUGGACGGAAAAAAUCCACCUUGCCACCCAGUCCGAGACGGAUCUAACGGGUGCCGAGCCUAAUUCGAACGGAAAACUUAGUAGUUUACAUCAUUUAAUGGGGGAAACGCUUGCUUCGCUAGAUUUUGAUAUGGUGCAAACAGCGCUAAAAGCAGCACAUGAAUGCUUUGUUGAGGCUGCUAUUGCACUCCCCAUGCUUCUUUAUAAAGAAUUCCGAAAGGGGACCUCGACGUCUCCAUACACACGCAGUGAUACCGUAGAGGACUCUAGAAUCGACACCCAACUAAGAGACUUGCUGAGUUGCUUGUACAUGGUUUACUACAUGUGCGCUAAGUACAUUGCUUUCUAUCCUUCCUGGAAGGCUCGGUAUCAGGUGGCGAAAAAACUGCCUGGCCUUACUGCCGCCUUUGUUUAUGUAUUGCUACGUCUCAAGCAUGCGUUAGCCACCAUUGCAGAUACCACAACUGAAAAUGGUAUUUCAUAUCCUGUGGCUAGUACAUUGCACUUCUAUUGCAAACUGUGCAAACUUUUAACUGACCUUUGGUCAUCAAAGGGAGGUGUGGCCCACCCACUUGGCUGUUGGGUGAACGACUACGAAACAGAGGUUCGUGCUAUGGUGUUGCCAUGUGCUGCAGACACUUUUUUCGUCAUGGUUCAGGGUGUUGUUGGUCUAUGCCAUAGCGAAAUGAAAGUUUGGGAUGUCAAACCCAAUAGGCAGGUUGAAGCAGUGGCGACCUGGAGCAGGGAAAAUGUACAUCUGUUCGAGAUGUUAUUGAUCCUUCUUGAGUCAAUCUUACACGUAUCUCAGUUCAGUCUUCAGGACACAAACGAACAGGUGCGAUCCGGCUCUCCGACAGCUCUGACUUCGCUUUCUAGUUCGUUGUGGGUAUUGAUUGAAAGUAUGAUGUAUCCUAAUCCAAACAAUACGUCUUUAUCGAACCGAACUUUAGUGAACAAAACCAUGCACGCCAGGAACGGGAUAAGGUCGCUAAUAGCGGCAGACGCACUAGUACGUCUCAUAGACGACCCUAGCCCAUUGGUUCGGCUAGCGGCAGCUUCAGGACUCGCGGACUCUAUCGCCAGCUUUACAAAGCGACGUGGUAGAAUUGGUGAGAUCGAGGAAGGUGAUAGCACUACCUUCAAAGCUCAGUGUAGGGGCUUGUUUUUUUGUAUGGAGAGCCUCUCUAAGCAUGAAUCCUGGCGCUUUCGCGAAAAGUACUCCGCAUUGUUAAGUGCGAUUUGUUUUAAAUUUCUUGCACCGACGUAUCCACAGAACCUCGAGGUGUGCAACCGGGUCAUCACGAGUUCCAGGGAAUCGCAUGAGCAACAGGGAGACUUGGAAAGUGUUGCUGAGGAUUCCGAUCGCUAUAGCCUUCCUCUUCUGAUAUACACUAAACUUUUGCCUAUGCUUGUUGAGCUUAUUUUUGACAAGGGUAAAGCCGUGCGCGACGCGGCACUUAGCCACGUAUCAUAUCUCUGCACCAAACUGGCUUCAGUUCACACAUCCCAUGAAUAUUCACGGACCAGGCCUGCAUCGUUCGGUGGAGCCACAGCACGACCGAAGAACAUCUUGAGGACAACUCUUCACACAAAAGAGUCGGCGCCGCUGAUGAAGAAGGAUAAAUUUGUGAGCAACGUUUUGUGGCCCUUGAUUACUAGCCAUCCGGCAGCUUGGAGUACCUACUUGAAUCGCAGCGCUCUACUAUAUGCGGCGGUACAUCUAGGGGUCGAUGUGGAGACAACUUUAUUACCUCUCCUAAAUAUGUUGGCGCGGGAUUUAGUCCCGAACGUGCGUUCAAUGGUGGCCAAAAUGAUUCUUGAAGUCCUCCUCAACAGCUCGCGCCGACCUAUGCUCAACAGGACGAAAGAAAGUUGCCCAUGCCAAAGUAGUCUUAAGGCUAGACAAGACAACAUCCAAAACGAUGGCGUCGGUUCCGUUCCGACUUGUUCUUCUAGAAACGCAAAUAAAAUUAAACACAUCGCAAGUUGUAACGCAACAAGAUUGUCUGAUGAAGUUGCAUCAUUAGCACCGCUAAUCUUCACUGAUGAGGAGAAAAACGGUGUAGUGCUAGUUAUUUUGAGACAACUACUGGAAGACACUUCAGCAGAUGUGCGGAAUCAAGCUGCUGAGGCAUUCAGAGUAUGUUUUUAG